AUGAAUGCUCAUUCACAAGUAGAACUCAAACUCUCAUGCAGAAAUUUACCAGAUUUGGACUAUUUAUCGAAAAGUGACCCGCAGGUCGUGCUUUUCGUGCUAGAUUCGAAUACAAUGCAAUGGGUUGAUUCGGGGCAAAGGACUGAAGUCGUUAUGAAUAAUCUUAAUCCUAGAUUUGUUAAGAGCUUUGUGUUGGAUUAUUAUUUUGAAAUGUUGCAAAAGUUGAGAUUCAGUGUCGUGGAUGUUGAUAAACACGAUAAUCCGGAUUGGAAAGUACAAGAAUAUGUAGGAUCUUUUGAUACUGAUCUAGGAACCAUUGUCGGCAAAUUGAGAGAUUCAAAACAUCCGAGCAAAAAUCGUGGAUCUAUGGUUAUAUCUGGUGAAGAGGUGUCGAAUACCAAGAAAAUUAUCAUUUUGCAAUUUCAAGCAUACAAUGUUAUCAAAAAGAGUGGUCUUUUCAGACCGAAACUCGGAAUAUUUUUUAUAAUCAGUCGUGCUAAUGAAGAUGGUACUUUUUCCCCCGUUUAUGAGAGCAUCAAAAUAAACUCAUCGAACCCGUUUUGGCCUGGAUUUUCAAUCAAAGAAUCUACAUUGUGUAAUGGUGAUCGAGACAGAGGAUUAGAAAUUCUGAUAAAGCAACAUAAAAAGAAUGGCGGUAUGUCUUGUGUGCUAUCGUCGGUAGAACAUCAAUUAAUAGCCAAGUCAACAAUAACUCUACGUGAACUCUUAUCGCUAGCAACAACCACCAAUAAUAAAACAUUUCAUCUCUCGCGCAUAAACGCAUCCGGGGACAUGAAAGAAAAAUCUUUCAAAGACCAACCGUACAUUCGCGUAAUAGAGUGCUCGGUGCGGGAAGAAGCCAGUUUUUUGGAUUAUAUUAGUAGUGGAACUGAAAUUAAUUUAGUGGUCGGGAUUGAUUUCACGGAGUCGAAUGGGUCACCGAAUGAUGUCAAUUCGUUGCACUAUAUUGGUGGAAAAGACGAUAAUGACUAUCAGAAAGCAAUUAGAAGUGUGGGAACUAUUUUACAAGCUUAUGAUCAUGACAAAAGGUUCCCAGUAUAUGGAUUUGGAGGUAAAUUCAGCGGGGUGCUAUCACAUGCUUAUCCUUUGAAUGGCGAUUAUGAAAAACCAGAAGUUGAAGGCGUCGAAGGUAUUUUAGCAGCAUAUCUACAUACUAUACGCCAUGUGAAAUUGUAUGGUCCAACGAAUUUUGCUCCGAUCAUAAAUCAAACUGCAGCUAAAAUUCGCCAAAAUCUCGAAUCUGGACGAGACAAUGUUUAUUAUAUUUUGCUGAUUAUAACAGAUGGGAUUAUAUUAGAUAUGGAUUCUACCGUGAGAACUAUUAUCAAUGCAAGUUCGCUUCCAUUUUCUAUUGUGAUUGUGGGUGUUGGAAAAGCCGACUUUACUAAGAUGAAUAUUUUAGACGCAGAUCAUCAAGCUUUGCAGGCAAACGGCGUAAAAGCCGAACGAGACAUCGUCCAAUUUGUAGCAAUGCGCGAAUUCGAAUCAUUCGCUUCGCAUCAUCUCCUCCCGAAAGCUGUUCUAGAAGAAAUACCAAAUCAAUUCUUGAGCUACAUGAAAAAACAUGAAAUUUCUCCUCUACCGUUCAAAAGGAUUGAUACUAACACACUUAUUUCAGACGACCCACCACCUGCGUAUCCUGGAAUCGACAUAAAAGAUGGAUCACUUAAUUAA